AUGGUCGUUGCCAGUGAGGACUCCCUUCAAUUGUGGUUUGGUUGCGAAUUACAGGCAGGUCACGACACCACCGAAUCGGGUUUAGCCGGGCUUGGCAAGCCGAACACCCGCAGGGCUCGGUUUGUUCCUCCUUCCUCCUCCAUCAGCUUUCUUUGGUUCACUUGCGUCGCGAAUCAACACAAGAUGAGCUACAUUGCCCGCCGAGGUCUCUCGACCUUGAUCCCCCCCCAAGGUAAGAGCAGCCCCCCAUUGAUGACUAUUUGUACUCCUCCGACUCCUGAAAUAAUGCUAAUUGUCGCCUCCCCUAACGUGAGUUACCCACGCGCUGCCAUCUUUGACCGAGUGCAUCCCUUCCGCACCCGUCCCGCCCCGAAGCCUUUUUCGUGA